GGAUUUAUGUAGUGAAUACGUUAUAAAUCCAUUUAUCACAGCGCCCCACGUGGAAGGAUGCGCGCGCAAUAUAUGCGCAAGCAUUUGUACAUUCCAUUCUCACACCAUUUCCAAAUGUUGCACGUUUAGGGUUUGCUGUGAAUUUUUAAGAAAAUUUAGAAUAUUGCACAAUGACAUUGUCAAAAGACUGUGGUGUACAAAGACGAGGUUUUUCUGAUUGUUUGCACUAAUUGUACCGUUAGUGUACUUCAACAUGCUAGAGUUUUUGACUUCGCGCCGAAGGGCUGUAAGGAGCGUAUGGACGUUAGCCGAGGCUCUUACUUGUAGGAGUAUUGUUGCUGUAAAUAUUGACAAAGAUGUCCACAACAUCUAUAGUCGCCAAAGCCAAACAAGGCAUUACAAAAUGGUCAGAGAGAAUAACGUCAAUACCAGCAAUGAGGAGGACAUGCAUAAUACUACUACACACAGCACAAACGAUGAAUGUCAGCCCACGACUGUUUAAAUAAUCUACAGUGACGUCACAAAAAUGCCAACCGAAGCAGAAGUCUAUGGAUACGGCACCAUUGCCAAUCUGAUUUGCUGUGUGUGUUCUCUAGCCGGUGCCUUUACCAUUCCUUUCGCCAAGAAAUAUAAAACUGCGUACAAUGUUGUUUUGUCCGUCUUUAUGGGUUUGGCUGUUGGUGCUCUGGCCAGUGACGCCAUUCUUCACUUAGUUCCGGAGGCCCUUGGCCUCCACCAUCAUGGUCCUGAACCUAAAUCUUCAUCCAACGAAAGUCACUCUCCGUCCCAUGACUUUCAUCAUCACCGGAAGAGAGACACUCACCAGACUGCUGACACUCAUCACCAUGGCAACCAUAAUCAUCAUCACCCGGAAGAAGCACAUUUUGAAGGCGAUCAUGAUGCCGUCCAUAUGAAGAGGGAGCAUCACGUGGAACCAUACAUCUGGUACUGUAUGGUCCUUCUUCUUGGUGCAUACGUAUUUUACCUGGUUGAAAUGGCAAUGGUGCAUGUACAAAGGAAAACACAAGGAGAACAAACUCCUGUUACACUUACAGCCUUCAACAACCAGGCUGUAGACGCUAUUAUUAAGGAAAAAGAGGGCGAGGAACAAAGGAAUUCAAGAGGCAGAAAAGCUAUUACACCCCUGGUGGUAAUGAUCAUUAUUGGUGACGCCCUCCAUAACUUCACUGACGGACUGGCCAUUGCUGCGUCAUUCUCUACCAGCUUACUAGAAGGAAUAGCGAUCACUAUCGCAAUCUUCUGUCAUGAACUUCCUCAGGAAUUGGGAGAUUUUGCAAUACUGAUCAGCGAAGGAUUGACUUUUAAGAAAGCUUUGAUUGCCAAUCUUUUCUCCUCCCUUACCGCCUUUAUUGGGUUUUAUAUUGGAGUCCCAAUCUCCUCCAACAUGGGGGCCAAGCCUUGGAUCUUCUCCAUUACCGCGGGAAUGUUCCUGUAUAUUUCACUAGUCGAUAUGCUUCCCUCUUUGAUAAAGAAUGGAUCCACAAACGUCAGAACCUUUGUUUACCAUAACAUUGGCAUUCUCAUUGGAGCUCUUGUUAUCAUACUGCUAGCAAUAUUCGAAAGUAAAAUUGAAAUCGAUCAUUAACAUUACAAAAUAUGAAUACUGAGUUUUGAUAUUUUGUUAUUCAUUUUUUAUAUUUUUAUGUUGAUCUUCACUUUGAAUUUGACUGUUUUUGGAUAAAAUAUGUUUAUUAUGAUUUUUAAAAAUAUAUAUUGCAUAAACUACUCAUUGUUAUGAGGUUUUUCAUAUUGCUUGUUUUUUUUUCAUAUAUUUUGCUAACGAAUUAAUAUGGUUCAUUUAAUCUGAAAUAUACAUGUACAGUACAUUAUUUUUUUUUUGUUUAAAUAUCAUUAUUACAAGUGAGGAAUAACGAUCAAUGUGAUCUACAAAAUUAAUAGACAAAGUUCUCUUUGCAUAAUAGUUUAUAAGGCCAUUUAAGGUUUCAAUGUUUUGAACAAAUUUCUGAUAACAUAAGGAUACACCAAAGGCUUUUUUCAAGAUUUUCAACAAUUUUGAGAUUUUUGGGUAAGAAAAAGAAGUU